UGAGAUAGACUUCAACUUAGUAACUCCAGAACCGCUGCUCUCUUCGCUUUCUCUAACCCUCAAAAUAAUUUCUAGCGUUAUACUCGAUCGCUAGCUUGUAGUUUUCUGUUCAAAGCUCGAAACCCCAACUUCUUCCAAUAUCCUCGAUCGUUAUCGUGUAUCAUGGCGCCACAUGGAAAGGCCAUUGCAAGCCCUUACACCAGGAAAAACAACUUCUCCAAGCCGCCAAGGCUCUCUUCCGACAGCCUUCAACGAACGAUAUCAGACAUUUCAUUCGAGCUUAGCAAAGAAGGGAUUGACUUAGAACUCCCUCCAGUAUCCGAGGUUGAAGAUGCAAGGUGCGAGUGCUGUGGCAUGUGCGAGGAAUGCACGCCGGAGUACAUUGACAAGGUGCGCAACAAAUUCUCCGGGAAGUGGAUAUGUGGGCUUUGUGCCGAGGCAGUGAAGGAAGAGGUGGAGAAAAAUGGAGGAAAUAGAGAGGAGGCUUUGAGUUCACACAUGAGUGCAUGUGUUAGGUUUAACAAGUUUGGAAGGGCUUAUCCAGUUUUGUUCCAAGCUGAGGCCAUGAGAGAGAUGUUGAAGAAAAGCAAAUCGGAAGGGAGAGGUGUGAGGACCAAGUCUAUUAGUCCUAGGGACAAAGGAGCUGUGCAAAAGAAGGGUGGGAUUGCUCGGAGUUCAAGUUGCAUUCCUGCAAUUACAAGGGAGAUUGCUGAUCUCACCAUAGCCAAUUGAUUCACCGACAUGAUUCUAUAUUUAUAUGUCAUGAACAUGUUCCCUCUCGUCUUUAAUCUGCUAAAAAUUUCUCCCUUAAAACCUAUCCACCAAAAAGCCAUAUUAAUUAGGAUAUUGCAUAGCGCGCAGUGAAGAUCCUAAUAUCUCCUUAAGCUUGCAUAUAUUCUUUGAUCAUCAAUAUUUUGUGAGCCAAUAACCUUUGCGUACUUAACCACCUUCCUAGGUUUUUUGGGUUACUCCCAAGUUCCAUGUACCUUUCUUCUUUUAUCUAUGGUCCUUUUUGGCUUACCUUGGAUGUUUUGAUCUCAGCAUGCCUUAAUUUGAUCAGUUAUCCUCUCUGGGUUUCUGUGUAGGUUCAGGAUCUCCCAUGCAUCGAUCUCUUAUACUUUCCAGAAGUAAGUUGUAAAAGUGGUUCUAAAUCCUAAUCUCAACCUUCAUGGCUUUUAUGUGUUGGCUCAAAUGCUUAUUCGCAUUAAUCCGUUUCCCUCUAGCUAGGGUUUUUGUUUGGGUACUUUUGGACACUAAAUCAGCUGUUUUUGUUUCUAAAUUGCCAGUUCAUAUAUCUUGACAAUAAAUCAGAUAUUGCAGCAACUACUGUAUUUAACAACCAAAACCUCAGUGGUUGUGAAUCAUGUAUUUCUACAUAUUUACAUAUUCAAUAAGAUUGUCAUUUUCCAUGUUUUA